GCUCAACGCGGAAAUCCAAACGUUGUUGAUCCUGCGACGGUAUCCAUAGCAACGGGGAAUAUGGCGGGUAAACAAAGUGAUGAGGCUAAUGAAGUAGGUCCGGGAUACGGGCUGAAUCAAUGAGUUACCCGCUUCCUACGUCGAUAUGACACGCUGGAGGUAACAAGACGCCUCCUUCGGCCAAAGCACCAUGCCGGCCAACCCACAGCAGCCAGGGGCGCCUCAGGGACCGGCAGGGGGACCUCCUGAUGGGGAAGAGGAGGGGAAGGCUCCCUCGGGGGAAGCGCAGGCGUCCCCACCAAAGAGCCCCGAGAAGAAAGGAGGAGAUAAAGGAAAUAAAAAGAAGAGCAAGAAAAAGUCUUCUAAGGAGUCGGGAGGAGGUCGCGUUCACGUGGACAUUCUGGGUGAAACAGCGAUGCGCAACGCUCUCUUCAUCUGUCACAGCGUGCAGGAGCUUCUCUUUUGGCGCGGAUACCAGUGGGCGCCCGGAGGCAAGAAGCAGAAGGGCAAGAAAGGAAAGAAAUGAGGAACUGGUAAUGAAAUGGUUCGUUGUAAAAAGCGUAUGAUGGAUUUUUUUACGCAGGUGUAUGAUUAACAUCAUCAGAAUGGCGUAAUUGCGAUAAGGCUGUAAUCUGGAAACGCUGAAUGAAUGUUUUGCAAUGCUGCAAGGACGAGGACCUCACUGGGGGAAAUGUGCAGGGCUAGGAUUUAGGCGGACCGAGGCACUAAGAUAUUUAUAAAAAAAAGCUGUAUUAGAUUAUGUAUAUGUGGCCCUCCAUUAAGUGUUAAUGGAGAAUAUGGCUCUAGACCGACUGUAGUCUCCUCGAUGGUUUUAUUCAAUAAGCCUAGAUUGACAAAGUAGGAAUGGCGCUACCUUUCUCAGCCUAUACAUAGACAUGGUUACAAAAGGAAGAGCGUGUGCAUCCGGGCCUGUAUUGCAACGAAACUCUCACUUCAACAUAUUUCAGAGGAGAACAUCAAAUUCAUACUCCGUAGCUAUUAUUGCUCAUGCCUUAAUCCGGCCCUGAAUAUGUACAUGGGCAUUAUGGAAAUGUGAUUUAAAAUACGAGUAAGGAUGAACUGUUGACACAUUUUAUUUGUUGUAAAGUAAAUUUAUUUAAGGAUUCUGGUUAUCAUGAGAUAAUCAAGAAUAAAAGAUAUUAUUGUAAAUGUCCCCAAAUAUACGUCGUAUUUACCAAA